AUGGAGGCAGCCAAAGACAAUGCUGCAAUCGGAUGGCUGAAAGGCUUCAUGAACAAGUACAGGACUCUGGAAAUUCCUGCUCCUCCGCCCCUGGCUGCAGGACACAACUCGAGUGCCCGAGUCAAGGACCUUCUGUUUCCAGAGGAGGAUGUAGGAGGAAGCUUGCAGAAGUUCAUCUCCUGCCUCGAGAAGCGAGUGGAAGGGUCUCACAGGUCCGAAGAGGGGCCUCAAGGCCUUUCCAGGCCAUCCUCGAUGCCUCCCGAGGACAGUCGUGGAAUGGCAGCCGAGCGCACGCUGCCAAAGCGAACGAAAGUGCGCUGCCGCAGCGUCGGCGGUGAGAGUGCGCCAACCGAAGAGAUUGCUGCAGCUGUUGCUCGGGCUCGGCGGCGAACCCUGGAGCAGAAGCGACGACAAGCCCAGGCCGAUGAGGCCGAGGCCCGGGCCUGGAGACGCGAGCGCUACGGCAAGCGAGACGACCGCCUUGCUCGCUUCAUCUUGGAGGAGCAGAAGGCGCAGUCAGUAAAGUGCGAGGCGAGAUCGAAGAAGAAGGCAGAGAAACUCCACAGCGGAAGCUCUUCGCUUGGCGCAGGGCUGGGGCUGGACACCGCCCAUCUGGAUCUAUUGCUCGCUGAGGGUGAUGUGGAUCUUUCCUUUUCCUGA